UUUUCCGUCUUUCGUUCAUGCUUUCCUUCUUCAUAAGUAGCGAGUUCAACAGAAAGUGAAUUUAAAUCAUUUCCUAACAUCACCUCAUCAGUUUAACUCAUUUUACCUUCAUUGUUAUAUCAUUCUUUGUCAUAAUUUUUUCUUGUUAAUUAAAUAUGAAAAUGUUUUGGGGACUUAUUUUGGAGCCUGGUAAGAAAUAUGAACAAAAGGCCGAAGCAUCAUUCCACUUGACUAUGGCUGCAUUGGAGCCUUCCACUAAAGCACCGGCACCCAAUAAGCCAACAGUUACCUCUUUAGUUGUUGAAAGUAGUAAGAACUCUUACAUUCUUUGUAAUCUUGAUCAACAAAGAGUUUUACAACAGCCACUUGAUCUUGUUUUCACCGAGGAUGAACCUAUUUCCUUCUUCGUUAAUGGUGAAAAUAAGAUUCACUUGACUGGCUACAUCAUGCCUGACUCGGACAUUGAAGAUUCUGAAGAUAUGUACGAUUUUGAUGGAAGUGAAGAAGAUUCUGAAGCUGAAGAAAUGUUAGCAGCUAUGAAUGACAAGAAAAGAAAGCAAGCCGUUGAUCCUAAAGAUGCUAAUAAAAAGGUUAAGUUUGGUGGUGGUGACGAACCUCAAGCUCCAGCAGCUAAGGCCGAGAAAAAACAAGAGAAAGCUAAGCCAGCCAAAGCAGGUAAAAAUGAUGUUCAAGCUAAAGCUAAUCAAAAGCCAAAAGCUGCCGAUUUAGGAGACGACGAUGAUGAUGACGACGAAGAUGAUGAUGAAGAGUCAGAUGAAGGAGGUAUGAGUGAUCUCUUGGAUCAGUUUGAUGAUGAUGACGAUGAAGAAGAUGAUGAUGAAGAUGAUGAGGAUAUGGACGACAGCAGUCCUGAAGCAAAAAAGCCCGUUAAAUCUCAACCUAAACAACAAAAUAACCAAAAAGGUACUCCAGCUAAACUUGGUCAACCAGCCAAGCCCCAACAAAACCAGAAUAAUAAGCAGGGAACUCCUAAAGCAGUAACUCCUCAGCAAAAUAAAGGAGGUUUCCAAGGUGGAAAACAACAAUGGUCCGGUGGUAAGAACAAGGGACCUCAAAAUAACUACAACAAAAACCAAAACUCUGGUAAAAAAGGUACCCCAGGUAAAUUUGGUGGAUCUCCAGGAAAUAAAGGAAACAAGAAACCUUGGCAAAAUAAGAAGUAGACCUAACAAGUAGCCAAUUAUUUGUUCCAAUUACAUUGAUUAUGUUAUUAAUUAUCAUCUCUUCUACCUAUCUUCCUAUUUUCUAUGCCUAUUUCAAACCUCUAAUCAAAAUUGAAUAAAUCCUCUUCGCCAUUAUAA